AUGUCUUCCAUUUACAAAGCACUGGCAGGUAAAAGCAAGAACGAUGAUAAGUCUAAGAAAGGCAACGAAAAGCAGUUUAUGAACAAGCAGCGUACGUUGCUGAUUUCCAGUAGAGGUGUCAAUUUCAGACACCGUCAUCUGGUCCAGGACUUAAACUCUUUGCUGCCACAUUCCAGAAAGGAGCCCAAACUGGAUACGAAGAAGGACCUGCAACAACUGAACGAAAUAGCCGAGCUCUACAACUGUAACAAUAUUAUGUUCUUCGAGGCGAGAAAGCACCAGGAUCUGUACCUGUGGUUGUCAAAACCACCUAACGGUCCCACGAUCAAAUUCUUUAUUCAAAAUUUGCAUACCAUGGACGAAUUGAACUUUACCGGUAAUUGUCUAAAGGGCUCCAGACCCGUUUUGUCCUUUGACCAUAAAUUCGAAUCAUCCCCACACUAUAAGUUGAUCAAAGAGUUGUUCAUUCAUAACUUUGGCGUUCCCCCAACCGCUAGAAAAAUCAAACCAUUUGUCGACCACGUUAUGUCUUUCAACAUCGUCGAUGAUAAGAUUUGGGUCAGGACGUACGAGAUUAGCAAUUCCGCCAGAAACUCUAACGAGUACGAGGAAGGUGAGGAAGACUUAUCUUUAGUUGAGAUAGGCCCCCGCUUUGUCAUGACCGUGAUACUAAUUUUGGAGGGCUCAUUUGGUGGUCCAAAGAUCUACGAGAACAGACAGUACGUUUCUCCAAACGUUGUGAGAGCCCAGUUGAAGCAACAAGCGGCUACGGAGGCGAAGGAAAGAUCGGAUGCCGCUGUCAAGAGGAAAAUGAGAAACAGAGAAAACAUUUUAGCAGCUGAUCCACUAUCAAACGGUGCUGUCUUCAAAUAA